GGUAAACGAUCCCGAGUUCGGGUUACUGUUGGUCUCUCCGUGUCCAGGUGGUUUUCUCCAGGUUCUCCAGUUUCCUCCACACUCUCAUUUUAGAUUUUCUUUGACUUAUGAGAAGUACAUGCCCUCGAGCCAUGAGCCACCCAAGUGAUGGCAUUCCCUGUGAUCAGAGCUGUACCUCCAUGUUAUGGUCCUUCUCUAUACGUCAAGGACUUCAUUUUCACGUUUCUGACCAGGCGAGAGGCUCGAGUCCCAAAGUGCCGAGGAAAUAUGACUUCAGAUUGCUGACUCCUUCCAUUGUAGGCACUUUUCACCGAAGAGGCCUUGCGAGAUCAGGAAUGCCGUCAUCGUUUACUCAGACGAACGGGUUGCUCAUGGCAUGUGGAACGAGGUGUGGUCUAUCCCUGAGACCUGAGCGCUGUAGCAAUAAAGCUGAAAACGAGAAAUCCAAAGAGAGCGAGAGAGGAGUGAGGACUGCUAACAGAAUGACAGAGGAACACAGGAAGACUGGAGAGGAGAAAAUGAGAGCACAGAGGACAAGGACGAGAGUGGUGGUGAUGUCAGAUACUCCACCCUUCACUGCUCCGGAACACACCCGAGCAGGACGGCGUGACGCUACUCCGCUCACACCAGGUUACAGGAUGGUGUGGAGGACCAGUGGACAUGGACACCAUGACGCUCUGGAUCGCACCUCGACUGGGAAUCCUGUCCUUCACUUCUAUCUGCCCGACUACCACGCUGGCACGAGGAAAGAAGUGGAUGAGGUGCUGGACAUCGAGGCACACAGAGAGGACACUGAUGCGGAUCGAAAAAUUGACAAGAUUCAAAUUCAAGAGCAGCUCAACAUGUGCAAUGAUGGAAAUCGAAGUUGUGACGUUGCUGGAGGAACCAGACCACCUGAUGGCAUGGAAGACGUCAUUCCAGUGGAUGCAGGAAGUGAGCAAAAGCAUAAGAUGGAAGAAGAUGGUGAAAUACAACAAGGCAGCCAGACUGAGCUUACUGAAAAAGAAGAGAACGAGCAACAUGGUGUAAGAGAGAAUAGUUGUGGAGUGACUCAGGAACCGAGUGAGGAACAUAGCACCAUAGAGGAAGAGAAACGUUCUGGAAAGUCAGAUGAUAUGCCUCAAGCCAUAGCAGAAGCACAUCAGCAUGUUUAUGAAUUUACGAAGCUAAAAUCUGGAGCCGCCCACGUCAGAAUCUCAGAAACAAAGAGCACGAGGAGGCUGACUCUUCCAGCGCCAGCUUUAUCGUUCCCCGGAACACUCGCACACACACACUCUUCGCCCUUGCCACGUGUGGUGCCAUCAUUCUAUGGCUCUUCGUUUGGCCGUCGCAUCAGGACGCUUCCUGUACACCAAACACGGCCCACUGGAGUCGGCUAUGACAAAAGAGCUAUAAAACCUGCGACCGAAAGACCCCCGAGUCUGGAUAGGAAAGGAAGUCGGCAUGUCCUGAAAACGGAACCAAGAGCAAUAAUCGGUCCCAAAAUAAUGAGCUCUGAGUGGUGGGGGUGGGGGUCUCUGCCUCGUAAAAUGAAGACCAUCAAGACAUUCAUGUGGGGGCCUCAGGGACCUCAGGAGACCAAGAGUGUGUGUGAGCUACACACUCGAACCAACAGGUGGAGGGGUUUGGACUGA